AUGGCAGACCUCAAGAAAGAUUUGGACGACUAUUUGUCGAGAAAUAGUGAAAAAUCUCAACCAAAACAUAGUAAUUUGUCUCUAUCUUUCGCUCUUCCAGAGUUCGGAAAAUGGACCAAGAAACAAAAUGCAGCACCCGAAGAAAGCAGCUAUGGUUGGUUUCAAGAAACUCAAAAAGACUGUUGUCCCAGUAUGGGCCGUAUGCAACGCAUCGUGGGGUUUUGCCUUUGCCUUUUCAUGGGAGUAAUAUGUUUCUCCAUUGCUGCUUUCUAUGCACCUGUUCUACUGUUUAAGGCAAGGAAGUUUGCUCUUCUAUACACCAUGGGCAGCUUGUUCUUUUUAUGCAGCUUUUCAUUUCUCUGGGGCCCUAUGACCCACCUCAGACACCUGUUUUCAAGAGAACGAAUCAUGUUCACUUCUUGUUAUUUUGGCACAUUGUUUGCCACUUUGUAUUUUGCAUUAUUUGCCCAAAGCACACCACUGACUGUACUCUGUGCUGUUUUACAAAUUAUUGCCCUUCUAUUUUUCCUGGCUAGCUCAAUACCUGGAGGUAGAGCUGGCAUCACCUUUUUUACAAAGAUAUUUACUUCCAGAGUCAGUAGCAGCAUGAACAUGAGCAAAGCACCUUUAUUACCUGUAUAAUUUGUUCCUAUUUUACUUUUUUUUUUAAGAUAAUUACUGAUUUUGUUGUAUUUUACUGAGCUAACUUUGGUUUCUAUCCUCUUGUGUCUGUAUACUAGAAUGGCUCCCCUCUGUCUUCAUGUGGUAUUUGUACAUCUUAGUUGGAUACAACAUCUUACUUUCCACCAUGCCAGGGUUUGCUUCCCAUACUGCUACUGUUUUCACACACAGUUGUUCUUUUUAUCUCAUGAAGAUGCUUGUUUCUUCAACAGUUUUGUCCGUGUUGUGUCCAGUCAUCCUUUAAAAAAAUGUGUAUGUAUGACUUACUUAAUAUUUAAUCAUGGUACAUUGUGAUCCUAAUAAUAUAAGCAAUGUAUUAAAUUUUUAUAAGAUUAGAGUUCUUUUUAUGUUAAAUACAUCUCAUCUGUUGUGCUGCAUUGCUGUUUGGAAAUAGGAACUAUUUUAUAGCCGUAAAUCUUGAUAACCAUUGCAAGAUCUAGACAAAAUAUCAUGUUUACAGAUUUAAAAGCACAGGAAAUUUCAUUCCCUUAAUAAUUUAAGUAAUCUUUUACUUAUUUAAUUGUCUAUAGAGUUAUGUAUAUAUAUUUUUGCCCAGGGGGAAUACUCCUUCCUGUUGAGCUGGCCAUAUCUUUAACGACACUUGUGUUUUCACUUUGUUCCCGUGUGGAAAUCAUUACCUCUGUGAUAUUGUCUUUCACAAUGCUGGGAUUAGAAGUAAGUUGCAUCUCUUUUGUGCAUUUGUCAGUGUUAACAUUCAGUAUGUUACUAUCAAAGUGAUAAACUGGUGCAAACAACUGGACAAAAUUUUAAUUUGUUUGUAAAUUGAACUGGUUUGUCGUUAUUGCCUCAGAGGCACUGUGCCAAAGCCUGACAUCACCAUCUAUGUUCUGCAUUUUUGUUUUCCAAUAUUUUCAAUUGUUCAGUUGAAGAAAUGCCUUUUGUUGAUGAACUUUUAGAUGACUUAUUGUCACUAAAAUUCGAUUUAAAAGUUGUUACUUGCAAAACAUGCAAAAGAUGUGAAUUACAGAUUUAUUUGCAUUAGUUAAAAAAAUGUAUUCCGUUUGGUUGUUGCUGUUGGUCUGAUAUGCUUAGUUUAUUUUGCCAAAGACUGAGAAUAAAGAGAAGAUCCUGUUAUCACCAAA